AUGUCGGAUCUCAAGAUGCUGACAGUUAUUGAGCAGACGUGUUCCGAUACAGAUUGGAGGAGUUCUGCGAGUUCUGCGAGCACCUACUUUAACAAUCAGAAUCGGCUAACACCUGAGGGGCGAGAAGAUAUCCAAAAGUGGAUGCAGGUUUGUCCUCGCCUGGAAGUUGCAGAAGGAAUAUCUCCAGGUCAGGAUCAUGGUCAAAUGCUGCCAGAUAUUAACGGAAUUGCGUAUGAACCAUCACAACUCGCGGCUUCCCUGUACCCGCCACCUCAUACGAGACAGAGCAGUCCUAGUAGUUCUAGUCGUCUUAGACUGAAAACUUUCGACACCCCGUUUGAGAAGACAGACACACAGGUACUUGUGCUAUGCAGCACAAGUGCAUUGAUAGUAUGGAUGCCAAAGACAGACAAGACUUUCUACCCCGUGUACAAAAUUCCUCAGACCACGACCGCAAACGCGAUCACCGCUUCCCGAAUGAUGAAAGCUAUCGUGGUUCCACCUCAUUUUCGUUACCCUAGCAUCACCAUCUACUGUCCUCCUCGCAUGCGCUUCGUGCACAUGGCGCUGAGUAUUCUAAAUCCGCGUGCGGAUGUCCAGGAAAUGGCUCAGACACAGUUUCACAUUCGUUUCGACGACCGCCUUCUCGAUCGGACAAUUUCUUUUAGUGGCAUUACGGAGAGAAUGAGGGGUUACCACCGCGACAUUGAGAACUGUUUUUCCACUAGAGAUAGUUCUCAACAGAGGAUCUUGGAUUCUAUCGACAUGAAUUGGCUGGAACAGCGAAUAGAAGUUCUAGAUGAUCCUUCCUACCAACCGGUUUUAGAUACGCUAGAGUGGAGUACGAUCUUCCGACAAAGCAAGGACGACACACACUGUGCAGGGAUUAUCAUCAUGGCGGGCGAGGAUACAUGUUGGAAAAUGUUCAACACUGCACCAGUAGUGCCGCCCGACACCUUUCAGGAUGGGAGAGUGUACCGUCUAAGGGAGUUGGAUGGCGGAGAGCCGAUGUAUAAAUGGAAGGCUGAACACUACUGUAACGUUUCCGCCGACCUCAAAUAUAAAGAGCGCUUUGGUGGAGGAUGA